CCUCACCAUUUCCGCCGCCUUUGGCGUCUCCGCGGCGCUGGACAACACGGGGGUGGCCGCCAAGUUCGCAAACGCGAUCAUCAACAUCGGCAAGAGCGCGGGCGGCACCGGACCCGCCCUCAUCGCCAUCUACAUCGCCACGGCGCUGCUCAGUGAGUUGCUCACCAACAACGCGGCGGGCGCCAUCAUGUACCCCAUUGCGGCGAUUGCGGGUGACGCGCUGAAGAUCUCGCCGCGGGAUACGUCCAUUGCCAUCAUGCUUGGCGCAUCAGCCGGCUUCAUCAACCCGUUCAGCUACCAGUGCAACCUGAUGGUGUACGCCGCGGGCAACUACAACGUCCGCGAGUUCGCCAUCAUUGGGGCGCCCUUCCAG